UAAAAUAAUUCCUCCAAUUCCAAACAAGCCGAGAAAAAGUAAGAAAAACGACUCAAUUCAAUAAUCUGUCUAGCGGUGCCUCUGUCUAGCGUCUUUAGACAAGUUGUGAUCGAAAACCAGGUAGUCAUGGGUGAGGAGGAUUUUGGUUCAAGCAGUUCAUCAGCUGCCAUCGACUCUUCCAAUAUAGGUUUUCAGCUUCUCAAGAAGCAUGGAUGGAAAGAGGGAACUGGUCUUGGAGUCUCUGAGCAGGGAAGGUUGGAGCCUGUGCAAGCACAUUUAAAGAGUAAUAAGCGAGGCCUAGGAGCAGAAGUAAAGCGGAAAAACCACAAGUCUCUAGAAUCCGUGACUCCCAAGGGCAAACAGGAUAAGGAGCAACAACCUUCAAAGAAAUCAAAGGCACUUUCAAAGAAGAUGAGGAAGAUGCAGGAAAUAGAAAAACGUAUGCAAGAGAAGGAAUUUGACCGGGCAUUUUUUAGGGAGUUCUGGCCGGAUAAUGUUUGAGGUUGUAAUUGGCUUAUUACUGAGAAUAUAUUUUGUACAGGAAUCUUUAUAUAACUUUGUAGCCCCAGUUGUGGGCAUGACAUUUAUUUUGUGCGUCGGUAUUCCAUUAAAGGACUAUAUUUUGGCAAACAUAAUCCUCAAGAAAUGUUGUUCUAGUGUUUCAGGGUA